AUGAAACCUGUUGUAGCCAAGAAGUCAGCGGCAGCUCCCUGUGGCAGUAUGCAAGCCUUGCCAGUAAUGGUGAAACCCAAAAAGAGCUACUCCAAACAUCUCUACAGGAUUGUAAAGCAGGUAGGUAGUCUUACUCAACUGUACCCUAAGGUAUAAAUUCUUUAUCCACUGCAGGGCCUUGCAAUAUGACCCUGGGAUGCCAUUAAUGAGGAUUCUGGAGUAAAAUCAGUAUUGCAAAGAACUGGAGCUCUAUGCCAGAAUGGUGGAGUUAGUUAUUUCAUCAGCCAAGUCUAAUAAUCCUGUCAGUUUGUAGUUGGCUCAUAUUACAGGAGAAUAUGAAUAUAAAAACCAAGGCUGUGUAAUUCUUGGCCUCUAUUACUGCUGAUGGGCAGAGCAUGAAACGUUGUACCCUGUAGUCCUAUAGCAUUCCUACACUGAUGGCUAAUCCAUUUUAAAUAACCUGUCCCAUUAACUGACGGACUUAUCCUUGUAUUGGUAGCUUUAAUAACUGUUAAGAUAAUGCCCCAUCUGGGCAGCUGGCUCUGUUUGGGGGCACUCUCCCAAGCAUCAUACUACCUUCAAAGAUGCCAACAUGCUGCUGUUACACACAGAACCUCUCAGAACAGUGAUACAUCACACCAUCCUCUGACCUUUAAUGGCUCUGGAGUCUGACUCAAUGUAUCAUGUUGGCUUAACAUGUCUUAUUUGAUUGCUGUCCUAGGUCCUUCCAGAAGCCACCCAGUCUCAGACGGCGUUGGAUUGUCUGAAUAAAGACAUGUUAGACAGUGAGAGACUGCAUGAUAUUGCUGCAGAAGCUGCCAGACUGUCUCUUUACAACAUGAGACAUGCUAUAACCAGCCAGGAGGUCAACUGUGCCCUGAGACUCGUCUCCAGGACACCCAUGGCAGGGGACUCCAAGUAA